AUGACUUAUGAUCUUCUGGUGGUCUUCAUGUUGGAAGGGUGUGGUCGAGUUGGGGACGGCUGGUCGGCUGUGCUUGCCGCACGGGCCAAAAUCAAUCUGCCAGAAUUUAGUAGUAAAUGUGCUCGUUCGAAGAAGGAAAAUGGAAAUUAUCAGAAAAAAUUCGAGCCUCAGUAUCUCGCCUCGAGCAUUCUCGAUUCUAUAAAACAGCUUAACGAACCUGUUGCAAUGGAUGAAUUAUCGACAAAUUUGACUGCUGUUCCAAGAUGCAGACUCAAGUGGCCCAGCCAAUGUGGAUAUAAAUGUCCUGCAAUCGAACUUCUGGGACCUACCGCUCGAGACUCGCGACAUGAUCUAUGUCAUGGCGUAUCCGAUCCGCAUUACAGACCUCCCGAUGCCGCUUGGACGAGCCGCACUUACUAUAAUAAAGUGGUCUGCUCUCAAUGGGUAAAUAUGCUCGCAUCAAAGUUCUGGUACUUCGAAGGAACGUCAUUUUUUUUCAGGGAUGGCACUCUUCUUCUUGACACACGGCGUUUGUUGAGUCUCGAGCAGCGCUGUGGCUUCCCUUCUUUGCGUUGCGUCACAUGCGAAAUGUCCGCGUAUCAAUCGGGUUCCGGAAAGUUUUGUCCGAAGAUCGAGAGGCUCAAAGUCAUCUGCCACCGCGCCGACAUUGAUGGAGAGGCGGAGUCAGCAUUGCGAACGAACUGUUGCAAUUCGAGAGUACGCAAACAUAUAUGCGCGCAUUGCCAGAGUGCUGCUGCGGAUUAUCUGCUCCAUCGGCUGCGAGCAACGAUCAAUGAGAGCAAGUGGGACCUGACGAUGGUGUCAGUGGAAUGGGGGAAACCAACUCAUGAAUGGAGCGUGUCUCUGUUGGAAAUUUGUGCAGAGCAGGAAGUGCAAUCAAUACGUUCGGGUGCUAUGCGGACGGAAAUGGGUAUCUUCGGUUGA